AUAGAUUUAACCUAAAAAUGUCAAAAUGUCAAAUAAACAAGCACUGCAUUUAAUUUUAAGAUUUAAAGAAACUCCGAUAAAAUGAAGAAAUAUUGCCAGUUAUUGCUUUUAAUAGGUUGUAUAUUAAGUUUAACGUUAUUAUUGAUAUACAGACAUCAAUAUAAUCGAUUACAUUAUGUUUUGGAAGUUUUUAAUUUUUUUGGUCAACCAUGUAACAUUUCCGAAUUGGAAUUAACGGAAAACGUUGCUGUCCAACACGAUUGGGGCCCAGUACCUUUAUGGCAAUCUCAUGGACCAAUUCAUACGUAUUCUGGGUAUUGGAUGAAGAAAAAUGUUAAUGAUGAUAAAAGUAAAGGUUAUGCAGAAGUUAUUGUAGCUAAUCGAGAGAAGACUUAUAUGAAAGGGUGUUACCUUUGGGAAGAAAACGAAAAGAAUCCAAUUAUUGGUAAAUUUAUGUAUUCAAAAAUAUCAGAAAAUUUGUAUUUUUAUAGUUGUUAUACUGACGGUUUAGAAAAGAAUCCGUAUGCAGUCUCUUUUUUGGGGAAACUUAAAAAUCCUAUAAGAAAAAUCUUAUUAAAGACGCCAUCUGAAAAGAUUUCCUUUAACACAACAGUUUGUGUGCUUCCUUCUGCUAAUUUUAGUAAAAAUGAAUUUUUGGAAUUUUUAAGCUUCCACACACUUGUUGGGAUAGAUUCCUAUAUUUUUUAUACAGAUAAUAUUUCGCAUAGACUCCAAAAAAUUAUCGUUAAUCUUUCUUCAAGACUCAAUAUUAAAGUAACAUUUUUUCCUUGGAACCUUAACGUUUUUAAUCAAAACUUUACCAGGGACGUAAUAGAACAAGAUUGCCUUUUAAGAGCUUUAUCAAACAGCAAAAAUGUUAUAAGCUUAGCUUUAAAUGAAUAUUUAGUGCCUUCCGCGCACAUAACACUUAACGAACUCUUUAACAAUUACCAAUCAACACCAAGAAUUCGAUUACCUAUUCAAACUUUUUGCAUUCGAAAUAUAAGACAAAAGAAACCAAUUGCGCUUCAAAAUACCGAAGUUACUUAUUUUAACGAUAAUUCUAUCCGUAUGGUUUAUAGAAAUGUUAAAGAUCAUGUAAACCAUGGGGUUAAAUCGGUUAAUAAACAUACAGCUUCUAUUCAUAAUUAUCUUAUUUGUAAUCAAAGCGGACGUAGUUAUAAUGAUAACAUAAUGUUAAGAUAUUCAACUGAUUUUUUAAGAUCUACUUUAAUGCAGUUGUAUUUACAUGAUCAUAUUUAAGAUGAUUAUAUUAUUCAAUCUACAUUAAUAAAUAAUGUAUUUAUCUGAA